UUUCUCAAAACUCCCUCCUCUUUGCAAUUUAAUUUGCCCCUAAUUUGGCCAUUCAUUUUUCCCGGCGUGAACAACAAAAGGCGGGAAGUGUCCGGCAAUCUACCAUUUCCGUUUCCGGCCUGCAAUUCAACUGAAAAAGACAUCCAGCUGUUAUGUAAUGAUUGCGUAAUAGGCGUUCUCAAUUGGGCGAUGAGUGAGAAGCUACUCAGAGGGUUCAUCGGCGGAAGGUGGUGAACCAAUUAUAAAGGGGGUUUUCAGAUGUCUCUUUUGUGCCCGAAAUUUGAAGACUAAAAAUCAAGCUGGGCUGAAGAUUAAUUUUCUCCCCACGCUACAACCAUUGAAGAGUUAAGGCUUAAAAUCAUCCUUUGCUCUCUGCUGCUUAAAAUUCAGUUGCUAAGAGAUAACUUGUGUUCAUUAUUUGUGAAAAAUAUAACGCAAAAAAAUGUUUAUCAAUCCAAGUCUGCAAAAGCUUCUCGACAUGAUCAUGCUCAAAUCACUGGAACAAACUGGAUCGAUCGCCCAGCCCCCACCCAUCAGCCAAAGUGAACAGAGUGGGGGAGCCUCCCUACAUGCAGUCAAAACCAAAACCAAACCCAGCACAAACAAAUCUCGAAAUUCUAAGAGCAAAGGAGGGAUCUACCAGCCUUGGAAACAAGAAAACGAAGGUCCUCAAACAUCGCCAGUCGGCCAAGAAAAGCCUCGACCUAUUGAAACUAAAACUGAGACUAUUAAAAAAGACCCUAGUAGCCCAAUAAGUAGUAAUAACAACAGUUUCACCAGUAGUCUUACAACAAACAGUGAUUUGAAAGCUAUGUUUGAGCAACAGAAAAUGUUCGCAAAUUUCCAUAGUUCCAUGCCCACAAGUGCAAACUCCAACGAUGCAAAUCGAAUAAAUUCAUCAAACCCAGCUAAUAAUAUUUUUCUUGCGUAUCAGCAAUUACUCUUUAGCUCACCCCAAGCGUUUCAAAGAUUAGCUCAAAACUCCGCCAAUCUUGGAGCACCAAACUCCUUUGCACCCAAUUUGGAUCCCAUGUUGAACAACUGGCUGCCUGGAACGGUGCCGAAUUGGAACCCGUUUAGCAUACCUCAAAAUCAUCAGCAGAAUCAUCAGCAAACGCCAACGAGUAAACUCAGCCCGAAUAGUAACAUUUCUGGUUUUCUAUCACCUAUGAAAACAAUGCCAACCUUCAUGGCCAAUUUACCAGAUAUCAGUAACAUGCAACCAGGAAUCCCGGGAUCCCAGUCUCAAGGAUCCAAUCCGAUUCCAGGAAACCAAAACCAGACAGGGUUGAUCACUUCUCACGUGAAAAAAAUGCAGCAAGCUCAGAUGCCGCCAAAUGUUUCCGUACCUUCGACAAUGAUGAGCUCGAAACUGUCGCCGGUCCAAAGUUUGUUCACACCUUCAGUUCUCCCGGGUUGGCCUGGAAAUCCAAUGCAAGCGACUUCUCAAUUCGCACCUGGACAAGCGUCUAACCCUAUUUUCAACCCGAGCUGCCUGCAAAAUUUCGAUGUGUCUGGGGGCUUGAAACCUGCUAUGACCUUGGGAAAUCAGGGCGAAAAGGGGGCAUGUCAGUGUCCAAAUUGCGUGCAGUCCAGAACAGCUCAGUUUCUCGGAAUCGUACCAUCUGGAGACUCGGCGAAUCGUAAGCCUAUUCACAGCUGUCACAUUGCGGGAUGUGGCAAAACAUACACCAAAACAUCUCAUUUGAAAGCUCAUUUGAGAUGGCAUACUGGAGAAAGACCCUUCGUGUGCAAUUGGUUAUUUUGCGGCAAGCGAUUUGCCCGAGCUGAACAUUUGCACAACCAUAUGAAGUUACAUACAGGAAAGGAGCCUGUUCUUUCUUGUCAUCAGUGUAAGGAGACCUUUGCUCAGACGGGCGAAUUGGAAAAACACGCCAAAAUUUGUCAGGUCAAAUCGACCAGAUGAUUUCUAAUUACGAUCUGAAAUAAUUUUUAGUUCACAUGUGUUCAGCAAACUCACGUAUCACAAACUCACUUUUUCAUUCAAUUUUGGAAAAAACAUUGUAAAUUAAAUUAUAUUUUUGAGCAAUUUAUAGUUAGUAUUAAUUGGUAAU